ACGCUCAGCAUGUCAGCAUCAGGCCGCCACAGGUUUGAACUGUGUGGGCAUCUGUGCUUUGUCUCCAAUUUAUUUUCUGCAUCCCAUUAGCAAAGCUGUGUCCUCAGGUAUCACAAAAGCCUAGGAGAGGUUAUUUUUCGGGUCUGGGAAGGCUCAAAAUUUUUCCGUAUAAAUUAAUGAUCAUUGCUUUAUGCCAUUUUGGCUUACGAAAGGCUUCACGGGAACACUGCUUUCAGGGAAAGCCUGUAUUUCUUCCUGUUUACACUUGACACAGAAUUUUGUAAACCUUUUUUUGAUCAUGACCCAGUUUUAAAAAAUGUUUACCACCCUUAUAUACAUACUUAGAGAUCUGAAACAAAAACUUCACAAAAUACCUACCUUUAUGUACAAUACAUUCUAAUAUUUUAUUUUCUCUUCCCGUUUAUACUUGUAAAAUCUUGAUCAUGACCCUUGGAACUGAUUUCACAGCCCUAUGUUGGAUCACAACCUGCACUUUUAGAAACCCUGCCCAGUGUAAACUUGAGAGAAUUGUUGCCGUACCCACUCUCUUUUUAUGGCUCUUACACUGUCCUCAGUGAUUGGUGUAUGUACCCCAUUUUAUUGAGGAAGUAAAGAUUAGCUCCUGUCUAAGGUUACAAUCAGGUGACCAAUGUCCUUGAAAUCUGGCUGAAGCUCUGUCCACAACAGGUUUUCCCUGGGUGGCAAACACCACAGCUUGGCCCGUGGACCGUUCCCAGGACCUGAAGACACUGAAGAGGGGCACAUGGACUCCUAGGCAGGCAAAAGGAAUCAGCACAGAAGAGCUCGGAGCCUCUGGCCAACCAGAGCUCGCCUGCCGCAGAUCCACCUUCUUCCAGGUGACAGGCGUCAAGAGCGACCCCCAGACCCCACCCCAUCCUGGGGCCAGCCACCUCCCCCAGGCACCACACCCCAAGCAGGUCCCUCUCAGGACAGUCCAUCUGGGCGGGCUUCUCUGGUGUGGCAUCUGGCAGAGGGCUGGGAGCAGCUUUGUUCCGGUCACCAGGAACAGGUCAUUUCUCCCCUGGCUCAGAGCUGAGAGGAUCUUAGCAGUCUGUCCCACCACCUUCUUCACAUGGCUCUUAAGGAGGGACUCAGGACCUGGAAGAGAAUUUUCUGGUGGCUGAUUCUAUUUACACUUGGCUUCCUAGGGCUGCUCCUGUACAGGCUCCAUAUAGUCAGGCAUCUGGAAGUGCUCAUCCCCAUGGGUGUCUGCCCUUCAGCCAGAAUGGCCCUGCUGAGAGACAACUUCACGGGUCUCCUGCGUCCCUGGGCCCGGCCUGAAGUCCUGACCUGUACCUCCUGGGGAGCCCCCAUUAUUUGGGAUGGCACCUUCGACCCGGAUGUGGCCCAGCAACAGGCUGUACGGCAGAACCUCACCAUUGGUCUGACUGUCUUUGCAGUGGGCAGGUACCUGGAGAAGUACCUGGCGCGCUUCCUGGACUCCGCCGAGCAGCACUUCAUGGAGGGCCAGCGUGUGGUGUACUACGUGUUCACCGAGCGCCCGGACGCCGUGCCCCGCAUGGCGCUGGGCCCCGGACGCCGGCUGCGCGUGAAGCGCGUGGUCCGCGCGCGGCGCUGGCAGGACGUGUCCAUGCAGCGCAUGCGCACUCUGCACGAGGCGCUGGGCGGGCGGCUGGGCCGCGAGGCGCACUUCGUGUUCUGCAUGGACGUGGACCAGCACUUCAGCAGCGCGUUCGGACCUGAGGCGCUGGCCGAGUCUGUGGCGCAGCUGCACGCCUGGCACUACCACUGGCCGCGGUGGCUGCUGCCCUUCGAGCGCGACUCUCGUUCGGCUGCCGCGCUGGCCCCAGGCGACGGCGACUUCUACUAUCACGCGGCCGUGUUCGGGGGCAGCGUGGCGGCGCUGCGUGGGCUGACGGCACACUGCGCGCAGGGCCUGCAGCGGGACCGGGCGCGCGGCCUCGAGGCGCGCUGGCACGACGAGAGCCAUCUCAACAAGUUCUUCUGGCUGCACAAGCCCACCAAGGUGCUGUCGCCCGAGUUCUGCUGGAGCCCGGACAUCGGCCAGCGGGCCGAGAUUCGCCGCCCGCGCCUGCUCUGGGCGCCCAAGGAGUACGCCCUGCUGCGCCACUAGCCACUGCGCCCUGAGUCCCCAGGAAGGCAGGAGCGGGCGUGGCAGGCAGCAGAGACCCUGGGGGCAGGGGCGCCCCUCUUGGGCGCAGCAUGGCACUUUGGAGGGAGGAGAGAGAUUGGCGGAAACAGCCCAACCCCUGCCAGGUGUGCCCAGCCACGGGGUGGGAGGAUGAGGCCUGGCCUUUGGGGAGCUAAUCACUGAAGAUCCCCUUUCCCUCACUGCAGUGGUGCCUCGGCAAGGUACCUAGGGCCCUUUCACCUCUGACCUCACUGAAUUCAGCUGGUGCGCCCAAAGAGAUGUUUAGCCCCCUCACUGACCCCCACCCUUUUUUUGGUAAGGAGACUGAAGCACAAAAAGGAAACAUAACUGCCUUCGGGCACAGGAUUUCUGAGUCAAUGUGUAAGGUCAGCAGCUAGAGAGCCAGCAAUGGCCCUCAGGCCAAACAGAGCUGCCCCUGGGCCUGAGCCACAGAGGGAGAGAUGCUAGCGGCAUCCGGUUUGGCCAUUUCCCCUCCUCUCCCCUCCCCUCAAGCAUACUUCAUAUUUAAGAAAUAUUAUAAUGAAAUUACAGUUAAGAAAUAUUAUAAUAAAUUAUUCCUAAAGUG